UAAAGUUUACAAUUAAUAUCCCUAUUCGAGGGAAAUUAUUUCAUUGGCGCUACUUUGAGAUAAAUAUGUGGGAAGUGUACACGUUUCUACCACGAAUUUGCAUUAAGUUUGUGUAAUUCAGAACGUAUUAAUAAGUAAAAUUAUUAAUACCCGUAAAGUGUCCGUAUAUUAACAUGUGAAAAGAGUUGGUGUUUGGAUUAUAUGAUUAAUUCAGAAUUAGAGCAUUUCAGUGUACUUUGGUUUUAAUGGCGGCCAAUGUGAAUUUGUGUUCUCGCCUCUAAGAAUAAACAACGAGGGACGUCCAAAACUUGAUAUUUUAAAUGUAAACACGUGUAAAUGAGUUUCUGAUGAAAGAAAAUAAAAAGAGAAGUUUUUGCAACAUGGAAAAUUUCGAAGAAUCGAACUUCGAAAACAUUCGAGAAGAACAAUCUUGUGAGAGAUGUGGAAGUACAAGUAAAGGAAGUUCUCUUAAAUGUAAACUGUGCCGAGGAUGUGGUACAAAAACUGGUUCUUCAAAAAAAAUAUGUAGAAUUAAAAGAAAGACCAAUCAAAAUAAUUUGUCUGCUAACAAUUCAUUGGAUUCCUUUACUAUUCAACUAGAAAAAGAUGGCAAAAGAACUAUCAUAAUGAAUCAAACAAAUGAUAAUAUCAAGAAACCACCUUACACAAGUGAAAUGGAAUUAUCAGAUAACUUAACAUUAGAAGUGUCUUCCAAUGUAAAUACUGUUGAAGAUAAAAAUUGCCUAAAUUCUCUUUCAUGUCAUGAUGAACUUACUGUUACAUGUAAUAACUCUAUUAAUGAUGAUGAUUGUGUUUCAUCAGAAAAUCUUACUUCAAAUGCAAAUUUUGUUGACCUGUCAGACUUGUCAAGUGAUAACUGUCCGCAUUUUGAUGCAAUUCAUAAUAAUAAUUCAUUUUUAGAAAACAUAAUAUAUGAGAUACCAUUGCAACAUAAUCCCACUUCAUUCAAAUGUACAGAAUCUUGUUUUCAUUAUUUAGCUCAAAUUAAUCUAAGAAAACUUUUAGACUUUAUUAAUGAAGUAAAAAGAACAUCACAUGAAAUUCCAUGCACACCAGAUAAAUCAGAAAAAACUAUUUCAUUAUUUGGAAAUAGUUACAAUAGUCAUACAAAGUCCAGAACAAACACAUUAUCAGAAAAUUUUGAUUGCAAUAAUUUACACACAUUUGAAAUUGAGAAUAACUGUAGUUUACUUAAGCAAAUUAAUUCAUUUACAAAUGAUUUAACUGAUAAUAUUUCACCAGAAUUAUCUCAAAAAUCAUUUGAUUAUAUAUCAAAUUUGAAAAAUCCUGAUGAUGAGUUUUGUAUUUCUAGAGAGUUAUAUUUUCAAGAAGAUAAAGAUUCUGUAGAAUCUUCUGAAAAUGAUAAUCAAGUAAAAAUUUUAAAAAAUACUGUAUUUACACAACAGAAAAAUGAAGAUUUUGUAGUGGAAAUAAAUAAUAAUAGAGAGAGUAAUCAGUUACCUGAAACACAAUCUCUAGAAAGGUCUGCUUCUGAAUCAAGCAUUGAUAUUGUAAAAGAUGAAUCAUAUGAUUCAGUAAGUAACAAUUUAUCGGAAAAUGAAAACAUUACAGACUUAAUAUCUAGAAAUAACUUAUCACAAAGUUCAGCGAAUAAUGAAACAUAUAUAAAUGAAAAUGAACCUUUAAAGAAAAAUUUAGAUACUGAAUUUUUAAAUAAAGUGAGAAAUGAUGAAAAUGAAGUAUGUUCAAGUAAUAUACAACAGAAUGAUAAAGAAGCAGUUAGUUGUAGAAAAUUUUUAUCAUCUAGUGAUCUGCAGAAUUCUAAUGAUAAAUUUUCUUUGCAAAAUAGUUAUUAUUCACCUGAGACAUUAGAUUAUGAACCUGAGGAUUGUUUUUCAAGUCCAGUAAAGACUUUGGAUUUUACAAAUGACAUUUUAAAUAAUGAAAUUUCUCCUAAUGAAAAUCAAACAGAAAAGAAAGUAGAUGGAAGUUUACAAAAAGUACAGAAUAAUUGUGUGAAUGAUAGCCCAUCAAAUCAAGAACAAAACUCUGAAAGUUAUCAGCUUGAAACAAAAAAUAAACAAUCUCCUCCAACACCAGUCUUAGAUUGUGUGGUAGAUGAAGAAGAUGAAGAAAUUUUAUCUAUUUGUGAAACAUAUUCAUCUGAGGAUGUUUCUUCUGAUAUUGAAGAUCCUCUUGAAGAAAUUAAUAACUUGAAUGAAACAAAGGAUGUGCAUAACAAGAAGACAGAAAAUUUAAAUAAUGAAAAAAGAGAAUUUACUCGAGGUUACUGUUAUAAUUUUAUCAAUAAAGGUAUAUGCUUUAAGCAUCACUGCAGAUAUAUACAUGAUAUUCCAAAAGAUGAUGAUAAUGGUUCUGAUGGUAAUUCUUCAAGAGAGAAAUCAAAAAAGAUUUCAGGUGUUUCAAAAGAGAAGGUGCAAGAUUCACGUCCUUUACCUAAGAAUAACUGUCAGCAAAAUAGUAUUAAAUAUAACUUGGCUUGUCAACAAUAUAGUAAUGAAGAAGUUUUGCGUUAUAUUACAGAAGAUCAUUGGGGAUUCUUAACUGCACUUUUUUAUAAUCAUUAUAAUGAUGGUUAUUUUGCUAAUUUGGUAAAAGAUGCUUUUUGCAAACAAGCUGAUUUUGGUUUAAAAUUUAAAGAUUUUGUGAAACUUGCAACAAUGAAUGGCAGACAGGAACUGGAGAAAGAACAGAUUUUUCUGCUAGGAGCAAUUGGCAGUAGUUUAAUGUUGGAAGCUCAUAAAAGUUGUUCAUAUAACACAGUUUAUACUAUAGUGGAAACUCUCCAUAAUUUUGACAUUAAUUAUUAUUAUUUGCAACACAUUAAUCGAAAUCCCUGCAUCCCACCAUGGAGUAUAGUAACACCUUCUUGGAUUGCACUUGUAGCCAUUAAUUCGUGUUUACAACUUAACAAGUUAUCAGUGGCUUUGCAAAUAUUAGAUGCUUGUGAUUGGGCUAUGCCUUCUCCAGAAUUAUUACCAGAAAUUAGAAGGAAAGAAAUUAUUCUGAGAUUAAAUAUUUUAACACGUCUUGGAAAACUGUGGUUGAGCAAGAACCUUAAUACAAGUGUAAACAUCUUAAACAGAAUUUUGAGGUCAAUAGACAAUGGUAAGUUAAUUAAAAUUUAUUAAUUCAAUCUCUUGUGGAACAACCAGUCAGUCAAAGCAGCUGAUUAUUUUUAUUAGUCAUAUAAAAUUAACUUUGCUGUAGAAGUUUCCAUACAUAAUUGAAGAAUUGUUCUGAGACAUUGCUUUAGCUUCUGCUUCAAAUAAAUGGAUGGCUCAAAUCAAGUCUAUACUGACUCCUUAGGGAUCAAUGAGCAAAUAGAUACAUAUUGUAAAUGCAUGUAUAUUAUUUUAAUAUUGUUUAAUUAUUUCAAGUUUAUAUCAAUUAGACACGUGUAUGUAUAUACAAGGGUAGUCCCAGAAGUACCCGACCUAACAAAGAAGACACAAAAAAAUUGGUAAAACAUAUCUUUAUUUUUCAACAUAGUCUCCUUUUAGCUCAAUACACUUUUUCCAGCAAUGUACAAUAGCUUCGAUCUCCUGUUUAUAGUGAGAACUGUCGAGCUUCUCAAAAAUAGCCAUCAAUCGCAGACUUCACCUCUUCAUUGUUGGCAAACCUUUUAUCACCAAGCCAUUUUUUUUAAGUUUGGAAAGAGAAAAUAGUCCAAGGGGGCUAAAUCUAGCGAAUAGGGUACGUGAGGAAGCAAUUUGAACCUUAACUCAUUGAUUUUGGCCAUCAUAAUAACGGAUGUGUGAACUGGUGCAUUGUCUUGAUGAAACAACACUUUCUUUUUCGCCAAAUGUGGCUGUUUUUUCUUGAUUUCAUCACUCAAGCAUUGCAAUAAGUUUGCAUAAUACUUACUGUUGAUUGUUUUUCCUGAGCGCAUCCCAAAAAACUGACGCCAUGACCUUGCCUGCAGAUGGAACUGUUUUUGCCUUCUUUGGAGCUGAUUCUCCCCUUUCAGUCCAUUGUUUCGACUGUUCUUUCAUAUCAGGUGUGAAGUGAUGGACCCGUGUUUCGUCCAUGGUUAUGUGAGGCUCUGGACAGGUCCGAACCCUCACUAAAA